AUGAGUUGGAUGUUCCUCAGAGAUCUCCUAAGUGGAGUAAAUAAAUACUCAACUGGGAUUGGGCGGAUUUGGCUGGCUGUCAUCUUCAUCUUCCGUUUGCUGGUCUACAUGGUGGCAGCAGAGCAUGUGUGGAAAGAUGAGCAGAAAGAGUUUGAGUGCAACAUUAGACAGCCUGGUUGUGAAAAUAUGUGUUUUGACUACUUCUUCCCCAUCUCCCAGGUCAGACUUUGGGCCUUGCAGCUGAUCAUGGUCUCCACACCUUCACUUCUCGUGGUUCUACAUGUAGCCUACCGCGAGGGCAGAGAGAAAAAGCACAAAAAGAAACUCUAUGUCAGCCCAGGAGCAAUGGAUGGGGGUCUGUGGUACACUUACCUUAUUAGUCUCAUUGUUAAAACUGUUUUUGAAAUAGGCUUCCUGGUUUUAUUUUAUAAGCUGUAUGAUGGCUUUAGUGUUCCUUACCUUGUAAAAUGUGAUUUGAAGCCUUGCCCCAACACUGUGGACUGCUUCAUCUCCAAACCCACUGAGAAAACCAUCUUCAUCCUCUUCUUGGUCAUUACCUCAUGCCUAUGUAUUGUGUUAAAUUUCACUGAAUUGAGCUUUCUAGUUCUCAAGUGUUUUGUUAAGUGCUGUCUCCAACAAUACUCUAAAAAGCCCACCUCCUCAAUGUGUGAGUGCCACAACCUCACAAAUGUAGAAUGUGGUGAGAUAGGGGACCCUCCCUUACUCCACAAGCAGAAUUCAGGCUUGGCCACAAGCACAGCCCAGUGA